CAAAAUGAAUCGACAACGAUCAAUGCGAUCAUCGCGCGGUUCAAAUUCGACAAAUGAAAGCGAUCCUCGUGAAAAGAUGAAAGAUUGCUGUCGAAAGCUUGUUGCAUUUAUGUUCACGCAAGUUGGUGUUGGUGGUUUGAUCGUUUGCUAUGCAAUUUGCGGUGCUUUCAUAUUUAUUCACAUUGAACUUAAGUAUGACAACGAAGACAUUAGAAAAGUUGGAAAAGUUAGAGAGGAAAUAGCUGAAGGAAUGUGGAAUGCAACUCAGGAAUACAUAGGCAUGAACGUGACGGCAUGGAUCAUAGACGUGCAUGGACUUCUUAUGCUUUACCAAACAAACUUCACAGAUUUCGUGAGAAAUGGAUACGAAAGUCGCACACCUGAGGAGAUUUGGGACUUUCCGACAGCUCUCAUGUUUUGCUUGUCAAUCUUUUCAAUGAUCGGCUAUGGCAACACGUUGCCCAAAACCACUUAUGGAAAAAUUAUGACGAUGAUUUAUGCGACUUUUGGUAUUCCACUUUACAUUUUGUACUUCAUGAAUAUGGGAAAAGUUCUUGCUGCUACUUUCAAGUGGCUUUACACAUGGUUUCACGAUUGCAGUCGUGAUCAAGAUAAAGAAGCGACAGCUAGUGAAGACGGAAGCACAACACAUCUGUCAAAGUCUGGCGCAAAAAAGAAAAUUAUCGUCCCUUCAACUGCUUGUCUUUGGGUCAUCACGUUUUACAUCGGAGGUGGCACGAUCAUGUUUUCUGAGUGGGAAGAUUGGAAAUAUUACGAUUCAGUUUAUUUCGUUGUCACCAGUUUAUGUAAAAUUGGAUUUGGUGAUCUCGUUCCUGGUGCUGGCAUCAAAGCUAUCGCAAUGGGCAAUCAAACUAAGCUUGUCAUCAAUUUUGUUUAUAUUCUUUUUGGAAUGGGACUUGUUGCCAUGUGUUACAAACUCAUGCGUGAAGAAGUGCGCGAGAAAUUCAAGGAGAUGAAGGAAGAUGCUAAACUUUGUUUAGAAGAUGUCUCUCAAAAGUUUCGAUCAUUGAAAGAACAAAAAAACACAAAUAACAAUAAAGAUGAAAGUCCCGGAACCGCCGUGAUAUACUUCGGUGGUGAUGUCCAAGACGUUCCUGAAAUGAUGGAAGACAAUCGAGACACGAAAGGAUACGUGAAAUUCAAUCUUGACAACACAGCAACAAUUCUAAGGGAAUCUUUUCCUCGAGCUUACAUUAUUGUUGUAAGACCAGCAAGAAUGGAGUUUACAACAUUCAGUUGCUUUGAUAAUUUUGUUCGAGGUAAUAACGUUGGAAUCCCUGACCACACGCCGAUGCACUACAGUCUUCAACAUCUUGAAGAUAAAGGUUGUGUUGUUUUGAAUCAAUUUAUCUAUGAAUUUCAUUACAUGAAGACAUUAACACCUGACGAUAGUUCGAUGAUGAAGCUUGUGUCGAGGAUAAAGCACAUGUAUUGGCUUGAUGGUGGACAUGGCGGUGGAAAGAAUACGUGGAUAACAGCGCGUAGUUUACUUGAGACACUUUGUCGUCUGGGAAUUUCUGUUCAUGUUCACGUGACACCUUAUCAAGUGCAAGAUGAUCAUCGACCAUGGCUUCGAAAGGAAGAGAAACAAUUUACCGAUCUUCUUAAAAAACUUGGCUGUUUAUUGUCACGAACACUUCAUUCUGGUGACUCAAAUAUGUCAAAUCUCUUCACACACUUUGAAGUUCUUGAGAACUUUAAGAAAUAUCAAUUACAAUUGCAACAGCAAUUGCAAACACAACAAACACAAAGUCCUUCAACUAAUGACAUGAUACAGGAAAAGGAACAAAGCACACAGCAACAGAAUCAAAUAAUUCAAAAAACGCCUUCAUGUGGCGAGAAUAAAAAUGCAACGUAAGUUUUAAGAAAUUUGUGUUGAGACGAGUCGUAAGAUUUAUUAAUUAUUUUAAUAUUUUCAUAAGAAUCCAUAAAGCAUUUUCCGUCAUUUUCAACAUAAUUAUUAUUUUUAUGAACAACUUUGUGACUUUCUUUCUGUAAAGUUAGUUUAAAGAAGGAAUUUAUAAUUUGACACAAUCAUUGGAACUUUCAUCUGCAGUUCAAUAUAAAAAGUUUUAUAUUUCACUUUAUAAGUAUUCCUAAUAUUUGUUUUAAGAUUCGCUGUAAAUAGCUUAAAUUAUGACUUUUAAUUAACAAGAUUUUUAUCCUAAGAUUAUUGAUUAAUUAAUGUUUGAUAGUAAGUUUGAUAAUGUUAAUAAGAUAAAAUGAAAAAUUGAGAAUAAAUGAAUGUUUCGA